UUUUGACAUCGACGACACAGCAUCAAAAAAGAAUUAAACACAGCGAAUAAAAACGGAGGAAUAUAAAUUUAAUUUUGAAAUUUAUUUUCGCUUUUCCUCCUAAACAACGUUACUGACCCACCGCGUUCGGUAGCGGGCCACGCGAAACACGGUUCAUAGGCGCUCAUGACAGUGGAGUGAUUGCUGGAAACGCUGCGAACGUAAAUAUAAACGCGUCGUUUCGGGUGAAAAACUGAUGCAAGCAAAACCGACCAGGCUUAAAAAGUGUUGUGCUUAGCUAAAUCCUGCUUCCCCGUAGCGUAACAUCCGAUCUCGUUCGGACUAGGCUACAUUACGUGUUGCGGACUUAAAAGGAUACGUUCGGUUAGAAGCUUGUGGCAUGACUUUGGUCAUUGGUGCUGCAUAACUCAGUGUAAAGCACAACAGUGCACCGAGCGCUAUUGAUAUAGUGACGGCUACAGAGCUACGGAGCUGUUGGAUACGGAUUACCGCGUGCAUCGCAAAUAGUGCUCUCCGAGUGAAGAUUUCAAGCAAAUCGUUUGCAUUCUGGUGCACAAUAGUUGGCCAUAAUGGAAGAGCUGAGGGAUAUCGAGGAUGAGCCGUACAACGAUUCGCAGGAUUUGGUAGAAUAUACGACCGAAGACGAAACGGACGAAAUGGAGCAUGGCACCAUAAAUAUCGAUUUGGAAGAUUUAGUCGAAGAAACUAACCAGCCUGGUGUGUCUACUGACGAGGAGUACGAAAAUUACGAAGAUGACCAAAAACCAGGCCAGAUUGAACUUGAACCCGACAGUAGCAAAACAAUGCCCACUUUUAAAACUACUGUUUCCAUUUCUGGAUUGCAAAAGAUCGGCAACAACAGUUCCGGAACGGAGCGUAUGGCUCCCAAAGUGAUGGUACUACCACAAGGCAGCAGUACACCAACGACGACGACGACACCGAUGAAGCUGCUAAACACGUCGCGCACUUCCGUAACGCCCACAAUGGCAACCACGUCCUACCGUUUGCUCAACUCGGAUGGCACCAUGAUCGUGAACGUUUCCAACAAACCGGCUACUGCGAUGAAGAAAGUAAUUUCCGUAGCUAACCCUACCGCUGCCUCGCUACAAAGCCCCACCAACAGGGUAGUGCUCAAUACGAAAGCACCGGUGAUGCAUAUUCAACCAGCACAAACCAUACCGACCUCUCCGGGAUCUACUGGUGGGUUGAAAGCGAUGAAAACGAUCACGAUGAAAACAAUUCCCGGAGGUACGAUUAAGAUGGUGCCACAAACAGCACCGCUACCUUCGGGGUUGCAGGGAACGGUGCUGCGAAUGUCCAAACCCGGCGUCGUAGGUCAAACCGUUUCUCUGACAGGCGCUACCAAGCUAGUGAAACCCACCCCGGCCACAACCGGUGGCAGCGAAGUAUCGAAGGUCAUUUUAAACUCGGCUGUCGCGGGACCGAAGAAGAUUGUGGCAGCACCGGCGAAUGCAGCACUGCACGCGGUCACCCUGCCCGGUGGGAAGGGAGUGCAGUAUGUGCGCUUGUUAAACCAGCGCCCAUCGGCCACCACUGGCGCACAAAAGAUUGUAAUGCAAGCACCGAACAAGGCGAGCAGUAUCGUCGCGAGUGCGGCACCAACUGCAACCGUGCUCAAUGCAGGUGCGGCAACGACCACCGCCGGUACCAUCCAAGCGGGGCCAUCAAAAAUCAUCAUGCAAAACAAUAAAACGUUUGUUAUACGGAACGGUAGCACAAACCUGGCCGCGGCGUCUGCUACCAUCGGCAAACCAUCGAUUCUGUCCGCUGGCAAAAAGAUCAUACUAAACGCCGACAGCAGCUCCGGUACCACUCGCAUUGUUUUGGCGAAAGAAGCUACGAAAAAAUUAAACAGCAUUCAAACGGUUGUCCAAAAAUCGCAGCUAGUACCUUCGAACGGUGCAUCUUCUUCCGAGGAAGGUGGUGUUAAUGCGGUGGUUCUAAAACAAGAACCACACGCAAAAACCACCGAACCGGCCAAGGCGAAUGCGAAUAGUCCGGCACAGUCGAUGAGCGGUAGUGGUGUGAAAGCGGCCGAUGGUUCCAAAGAUUCUACGCGCGUCGUCACAUCUGCUAGCUACGGCUUUCCUGAGGAGGCAUACAAGAAACGACCGUGUAAUUGUACAAAGUCGCAGUGCUUAAAGCUGUACUGCGAUUGUUUCGCGAAUGGCGAGUACUGUUACAACUGUAAUUGUAAGGAUUGCUUCAACACGUUCGAUCAUGCUAACGAGCGACAGAAAGCUAUCAGAUCGACGCUGGAGCGCAAUCCAAAUGCUUUCAAACCGAAAAUCGGAUCCAUCGGAUCGACGGACGACGGGACGCGAUUGCACACCAAGGGCUGCAACUGCAAACGCUCCGGGUGUUUGAAGAAUUACUGCGAGUGUUACGAAGGCAAAAUUCCAUGUUCCAGCAACUGUAAAUGCGUAGGCUGUCGCAAUACAGAAAACUUUGAUAUGGUUUACGAGUACUAUUCUUCCAACGAUGCGUCAACGAAAUCGGUUGAGGAAGGUUCAAACAGCAACAUUCUUAUCAUACCCGACAAGCUAGAUGCUGGCACAGGCAAGAGACGCUCAAGCGGCGAUGCGGUAGGACUCAAGCGUUCCGCUUCCCUGUUGGACACCGAUCUCUCCCAGCUACCACCGGCCAAACAGCCGCACAACUUUAUGACGAUGGAUGUCAUAGAGGCAACCGUGCAGUGUAUGGUGGCACAGGCCGACGAAUGCUUAAAGCGUGGCUGCAGCAUGCGUACCUCCGAGCUAAUGAUUCUCGAAGAAUACGGACGUUGCCUGCUGGAAAUCAAGGAAUUUGCGUUCAAUACGGAAAACUGAAUUGGGAACCGUAUGACCGCCGAAAGAAAGCAGAAUUGUUACGUGCUUAUAUAUAUAGCUCUAUAUUUUUAAUCCUUGUUUUUGGAAAAAAUGUUCAUAAGCAAAGUAACGUUCUAUCUUUUAAGACAAGUUGCAGUUAAUUAACGCGCGGUGUCACAGUUAAUUCUUUCCGGGACAAUAAUCUCGAUUGAAUGCUGCUCCCUUAUACGCAGAGUUGACUAUUUGACUAAGGGUAGCAAAAGAAAGGAGGAAAAACAAGUCAUGGUAGAACAGUUAGUAGUUAAAGGGGCCGAUAAUAGUGACACAGCACAGAUCGGAAAAAUGAGAUCAAUUUUUUUAAUGCAGAAGACAGAUUUGCAACUUUUCUAUAGUGUGCUCCUACCAGUCGGAUGGUUUUUAAUCGGAAUGCAGCUACGAAAAUACCUCUUUGAAAAGAAAAAAAAAAAACAACUCAAAGUGAAUGACGAGUUUAGGGGUUAGCUGUCUUCGACGACAGUUAAUUUGCAAUAUAGUUGUACGAAUGGUUUGGAUAUUGCACCUAGUGUUGGCUCGUGGGCUACGAAGCGAGUGAGCACCUAGUUUUCGUGCUAGUCUUUGCUGGCUAAGAACCGCAGUACGACAAUUUGACGGUCAAUAGCAGCAAUGAAAGGUGUAUAGUAAACAGGAGAUAUUUUAAAUUAAGCUUUGCCAAACAGUGUUAGCAAAGGGAAACAAGGCACCAUCAAUAUAAGUAGUGUGUAUAGAAGUGCGUAGGGGGUUUGCUGCUAGCUGGUACCCAACAUCCUUCACGUGUUUGUUACUUCUAAGCGCCUCGACCUGCUGCAUGAACUAUUUCAGUUGAUGCAGUUAGAUUUAUGUGUAAAUAAACAAUAAAACUUACUUACCAACAACACCUUA